AUGUCAGCAACUACUGGUCGAAGGUUUAUAUCUCUGACACCACGGCUCGUGCGCGUCGGUGUCUCGAAAGUGGCAAAACACUCGGCCCUGGGUGGACGUGUUCCUUUCUUUCAACACAAAACAAGACUGUUUUGGUAUAAUGCUCCCAUGAAUCAGUCAAGAUAUCGCAGUAAUUUUGUCGUUCCCCGGGGUGGUGCUUCCACUGAGAAUCCGAUUAAACAAAAGAAGUACCGUGUAUUUUUGGCGGUGGGAUCUAAUCUAGGGGAUCGUUUUCAAAACAUCGCUGUGGCUUUAGACCUGCUCUGUGACUCCUCUUUCGAUAAAUCAUCCUACCUCGAUUCCAGACUUGUCAGGACAUCAUUUCUGUAUAGUACAGCUCCAAUGUAUGUGACUGACCAACCCCAGUUCAUGAACGGGGCCGUCGAAGUUGAAACCGAUCUCGAGCCACGUGCACUUCUUCGUCGACUAAAGAAGGUAGAAGAAUAUUUGGGGAGAGACCUGGUACACGGGCAAAGAAAUGGCCCCCGACCUGUUGACUUGGACAUUUUGUUCUUCGACGAGAACCACUCUGAGGACGCCACCAGUGGGGCUCCAACCCGUCACAGUCAUCGUACCCCCGUCAUCGUAAACGAACCAGACUUGAUCAUCCCUCAUCCAUUGAUGCAAGAGCGAAGCUUUGUGAUGGACCCUUUGAAGGAAGUUGCUGGUGACGAAUAUAUUCACCCAAAGCUUGAGGAAUCCGUGGGUGAUAUCUGGAGGAAGUUGAAAGCGAGUGCUUCUGAUGGCAACGACACUGUCCAAAUAUUACCUCUGCAACGAGAUCGGGCCGUUACCUUUCAUGAAACAAUCGUAAUGGGAAUCCUUAACGUUACUCCAGACUCAUUCAGCGACGGAGGCAAGUGGAAUAAUUCUGUGGAUACAGCUGUUGAGCAUGCACUACAAAUGGAAACCGAAGGCGCUCGUAUUAUCGACAUCGGGGGAGAAUCUACUCGACCAGGUGCAUUGGAAAUUUCCAUCGAAGAACAAAUUGAACGGACUGUGCCUGUCAUUAAAGUGAUUCGACAGAAAUCGGACAUUCCCAUAUCAAUAGACACUAGACAUGCCGAUGUUGCUCGUGCCGCAAUCGAAGCUGGAGCUGAUAUUGUGAAUGAUGUAUCAGGCGGCACAUUUGACCCGAAAAUGUUGGAGACUGUGGCCGAGUUGCGAGUGCCAAUGAUCCUGAUGCACAUGCGAGGGACUCCAGAGUCCAUGCAAUCAAUGACAAAAUACGAGAAUGAUGACGUUUGUGGGGCGGUGACUGGUGCUCUAAUCGAGAGGUCUUGUGCUGCAGAGAGUAAUGGGAUUCAUCGGUGGCAACAGGUGCUGGACCCAGGAAUCGGGUUUGCAAAGGAUAAUGAAGGAAAUCUGCGCUUGCUGAAACACACAGCAACGAGUAUGCGACAACAGCUACAAGGGAUACCUCUCUUGCUUGGAACCAGCCGCAAAGGGUUUAUUGGAAGGAUAACUGGAGAAUCAGAAGCAUCUGAACGGGAUUUUGGAUCCGUUGCAUCAGUAAUAUGCGCGCUUUGCCUUGGAUCACCCACGCCAUCGAAUCUGGGUUGCACCAUUCUCCGAGUUCAUAAUGUCAAGGGUACAAAACAAGCGACUCUUGUGAUGGAUGCUAUUAGUAAAGUUGACUAA